CAACAAAAAUUUCAAAACUUUCUUCUGUUUUCCCUCUCCUCAACCAACGGAAAUUCCAGCUCCCUCUUUCUUCUCGUCCUCUGUUGCUCAACAAUCUCUCUUUUCCUCUCUGCAAGAAAAAACCAAAAACCAGAGAUAACGAAAAACAACAACGUAUCAUCAUACGAAUCAGAUUUCAGCUCCUUCUUUGGUUUUCAUCCGCUUCCUUACGUCGCCGUUCAAUCGGUUUUUCUCGUUUUGUGUUGAGCUUUUUGUUUUCGUUUCUUCGUUGUUGAAAAGUCGUGGGGGUUUUCUUCGUUCCAUUUUGCGGCCUUGCAGGGUUAAUGGCGGAUCAGAUGGAUUACUCGUCCGGGAAGGCGAGGUUUACGUUCUUCAAUCGUUCGCAAACGAUGCAUGCGAGCCACUCGGAGUCCUUUCAGAGACCCCUCCUUCAAUCCAGUAUUGAUCGCACAGGGUCAAUUAAUAGAUUCUACAGUCCAAUGGAAUCGAUGAAAUCCGCCGGAAUUUCUCUCAGAGGGAAGGUCAAGAAACUAUGCAAUCUCUUCGAUGCCCCGAAAACUUCGCCGAAGGGUUCUGAUGAAUCGCCCGUUCAAUAUCCCAUUAAGCUUAAACCCACGAAAUCCCUCGGUCAUGAUUCUCGGAUUUCUUCGAGUUUCCACAGCAGCUCCAGUAUCAGAUUACCCGGGACAGAGGAUAGAAUCGUAUUGUAUUUCACUAGUUUGCGAGGAAUCCGAAGAACAUUCGAAGAUUGCUACGUGGUUCGAAACAUAUUCAGGGGAUGCAGGGUGUGGGUCGAUGAACGAGACGUAUCAAUGGAUUCAGCAUACAGAAAAGAAUUACAAAGUGUGCUUGGAGAAAAGAAGAACGUGCCCUUGCCUCAAGUGUUCAUCGGUGGGAAGUACGCGGGAGGUGCCGAGGUGAUAAAGUAUCUAUUCGAAGUUGGUGAAUUAGCCAAGAUUCUUGAAGGAUUCCCAAAGAGAAAACCUGGGUUUGUCUGUGAUAGUUGUGGAGAUGUGAGAUUUGUGCCUUGUAUGAAUUGCAGUGGAAGUAGGAAGAUAUUUGAUGAAGAUGAAGGCCUCUUGAAGAGAUGCUCGGUUUGCAAUGAGAAUGGAUUGAUUCGUUGUCCAGAUUGCUGUUCUUGAAUUCUCUGGACAGCAAUAUUUGUUGCUUCCUCGUUUGCACAUCUUUGGUAGUUGUUGAAGAAUUAAUCAAGUAGAUUAUUCCUACGGAUGAAGAAGGUAAGGGCCUUUGCUUUAAGUAUAUGAUUCAAAACACUCUUUUGAAUUUCUGGGCUGCUCAUGAUUAUCUUUUCAAGUCUCAACAGAGAGCUGAUAGUCCUCAACACAUUGAAUUGCAUUGUUUUGUUGUUAAAAGAGUGUGAGGGCUCAUCAAAAUGCUGAAGAAAUAUGUCUGAUGUAUUGUAUUCUAUAAAAAGUCUGGAGAGUAUUUUCCCUCCACGCCAAUGUAGAUAUUCAGUCGUAUAUGACUGAAAAAGAUUUGCAAACAUUGGCUGUUCAUAGCGUAUAAUGAGAGUGACAUAUUGUAAAUCUGUCCUUUUUAAUCUGUU